GCUCUGUUCCGCUUCCGGGGGACGCGCGCGCCGCUGCCCGGGUUGUUGGUGGGACCGUGAAGGCCAUGGACGUCUUACGCCGCGGUAUCUAGCUCGUGGCCCCGGCUCAGCAGCUGAUACUUGGUAGUGCACCAGGUCCCCGCUGCCUGGCGUUGCUUUCGUUUUCUACUGGAGCGGAAGGAGAGUGCAACCAUGGCGGCCCCUGCGCAGCCCAAGAAAAUCGUGGCGCCUACGGUGUCCCAAAUCAAUGCGGAGUUCGUGACACAGUUAGCAUGUAAAUACUGGGCUCCUCACAUCAAGAAAAAAUCGCCUUUUGAUAUAAAGGUUAUUGAAGAGAUAUAUGAGAAAGAAAUUGUCAAAUCGAGAUUUGCCAUCAGAAAGAUAAUGCUGUUGGAAUUUAGCCAGUAUCUUGAAAAUUAUCUCUGGAUGAAUUAUUCUCCAGAGAUGUCCAGCAAGGCUUAUUUAAUGUCCAUCUGCUGCAUGGUGAAUGAGAAGUUCAGAGAAAAUGUCCCUGCAUGGGAGACCUUUAAGAAGAAGCCAGACCACUUCCCGUUCUUUUUUAAGUGUAUCCUGACUGCAGCAUUAGCCGAAACUGAUGGUGAAUUUUCCCUCCAUGAACAGACAGUCCUGCUGCUUUUCCUUGAUCAUUGUUUCAACAGUUUGGAAGUGGACUUGAUACGAAGUCAAGUACAGCAGCUUAUCUCCCUCCCAAUGUGGAUGGGCUUACAACCUGCACGAUUGGAAUUAGAAUUAAAAAAGACUCCCAAGCUAAGGAAAUGUUGGAACUUGAUUAAAAAGAAUGAUGAAAAGAUGAAUCCAGAAGCAAGAGAACAAGCCUAUCAAGAGAGAAGAUUUCUUUCACAACUCAUCCAGAAGUUUAUCUCUGUGCUGAAAUCAGUUCCACUUUCUGAACCUGUCACUAUGGACAAAGUUCAUUACUGUGAAAGAUUCAUUGAACUUGCGAUUGAUCUAGAGGCUUUGCUCCCCACAAGACGUUGGUUUAAUACCAUCCUGGAUGACUCCCACCUUUUGGUUCACUGUUACCUUUCCAAUCUUGUUCGUAGAGAAGAAGAUGGCCAUCUUUUUUCCCAGCUUCUCGACAUGCUUAAGUUCUAUACUGGCUUUGAAAUUAAUGACCAAACUGGGAAUGCCCUGACAGAGAAUGAGAUGACCACAAUUCACUACGAUAGAAUUACUUCUUUACAGAGAGCUGCUUUUGCACACUUCCCUGAACUCUAUGAUUUUGCCCUCUCCAAUGUUGCAGAAGUAGAUACUCGAGAAUCAUUGGUCAAGUUUUUUGGACCUCUUAGUUCAAACACACUCCAUGAGGUGGCAUCAUACCUCUGCUUGUUGCCAACCCUUCCUAAAAAUGAAGACACAUCUUUUGAUAAAGAAUUUCUUCUAGAAUUGCUGGUAUCCCGUCAUGAACGUCGCAUUUCUCAGAUUCAGCAGUUGAAUCAGAUGCCUUUGUAUCCAACUGAGAAAAUUAUAUGGGAUGAAAACAUUGUCCCAACUGAGUACUAUUCUGGGGAAGGUUGCCUUGCUCUCCCCAAGUUAAAUUUGCAGUUUCUGACUCUUCAUGACUAUCUCCUAAGGAAUUUUAAUCUCUUCCGCUUAGAAUCAACUUACGAAAUUAGGCAAGACAUUGAGGAUAGCGUCAGCAGAAUGAAGCCGUGGCAGUCUGAGUACGGUGGUGUAGUGUUUGGCGGCUGGGCACGGAUGGCGCAGCCCAUCGUGGCUUUCACUGUAGUUGAGGUUGCCAAACCCAACAUUGGUGAAAACUGGCCAACCCGAGUUCGUGCAGAUGUCACCAUCAAUCUGAAUGUCAGAGAUCACAUCAAAGAUGAAUGGGAAGGUCUUCGUAAACAUGAUGUGUGCUUUUUGAUUACUGUACGUCCCACAAAACCUUACGGAACUAAAUUUGACCGCAGGAGACCUUUUAUUGAGCAGGUUGGCCUGGUGUAUGUCCGAGGCUGUGAAAUCCAGGGCAUGUUGGAUGAUAAAGGGCGUGUCAUUGAAGACGGACCUGAACCUAGACCUAAUCUUAGAGGAGAAUCAAGGACAUUUCGAGUGUUUUUGGAUCCAAACCAGUAUCAGCAGGAUAUGACCAAUACUAUACAGAAUGGAGCAGAAGAUGUGUAUGACACUUUUAAUAUAAUAAUGAGGAGGAAACCAAAGGAAAAUAACUUCAAGGCUGUGCUGGAGACCAUUCGGAACCUGAUGAAUACUGAUUGUGUGGUACCUGACUGGCUGCAUGAUAUCAUUUUAGGUUACGGAGACCCAAGCAGUGCCCAUUACUCAAAAAUGCCCAAUCAGAUUGCCACCCUUGAUUUCAAUGAUACAUUUCUCUCCAUUGAGCAUUUGAAAGCCAGCUUUCCUGGUCACAAUGUUAAAGUAACUGUGGAUGACCCAGCUCUACAGAUACCCCCUUUCAGGAUUACUUUUCCAGUAAGAAGUGGAAAGGGGAAGAAAAGAAAAGAUGCCAGUGGUGAAGAUGAUGACACUGAAGAGGCAAAAACUUUAAUUGUUGAACCUCAUGUUAUUCCUAAUAGGGGUCCUUACCCUUAUAACCAGCCUAAACGUAAUACAAUUCAGUUCACUCAUACACAGAUAGAAGCCAUCCGUGCUGGGAUGCAGCCUGGGCUGACUAUGGUUGUGGGACCACCUGGUACAGGAAAAACAGAUGUGGCAGUUCAAAUCAUAUCCAACAUCUACCACAAUUUCCCAGAACAGAGGACUCUUAUUGUUACUCAUUCCAAUCAGGCCCUGAACCAGUUGUUUGAGAAAAUCAUGGCGUUAGAUAUUGAUGAGCGUCACCUAUUACGUCUUGGUCAUGGAGAAGAAGAGCUGGAGACCGAGAAAGAUUUCAGCAGAUAUGGAAGAGUUAAUUAUGUCUUGGCUCGAAGAAUAGAACUUUUAGAAGAAGUCAAACGAUUGCAAAAGAGCCUAGGGGUUCCAGGAGACGCCUCAUACACUUGUGAAACCGCAGGCUAUUUUUUCUUAUAUCAGGUGAUGUCUCGUUGGGAAGAAUAUAUCAGCAAAGUGAAAAAUAAAAGUAGUACAUUGCCAGAUGUUGCAGAAAUCUCCACUUUCUUUCCUUUCCAUGAAUAUUUUGCAAAUGCUCCUCAGCCAAUUUUUAAGGGCAGAUCUUAUGAAGAAGACAUGGAAAUUGCUGAAGGAUGUUUUAGGCAUAUUAAGAAAAUCUUUACUCAGCUUGAGGAAUUCAGAGCCUCUGAACUACUUCGAAGUGGACUAGACCGAUCCAAGUAUCUUUUGGUGAAAGAAGCUAAGAUCAUUGCUAUGACCUGUACUCAUGCUGCCUUAAAACGACAUGACUUGGUCAAGUUAGGUUUCAAGUAUGAUAACAUUUUAAUGGAAGAGGCUGCUCAAAUUCUGGAGAUAGAAACCUUUAUACCUCUCCUUCUACAGAAUCCUCAAGAUGGAUUUAGCCGGCUAAAACGAUGGAUUAUGAUUGGUGAUCAUCACCAGUUACCACCAGUCAUUAAGAACAUGGCCUUUCAAAAAUAUUCAAACAUGGAGCAGUCCCUUUUCACUCGCUUUGUCCGUGUCGGGGUUCCUACUGUGGAUCUUGAUGCUCAGGGUAGAGCCAGAGCAAGCUUGUGUAACCUCUACAACUGGCGGUAUAAGAACCUUGGCAACUUACCCCAUGUGCAGCUCUUGCCAGAGUUCAGUACAGCAAAUGCUGGCUUGCUGUAUGACUUCCAGCUCAUUAAUGUUGAAGAUUUUCAGGGAGUGGGAGAAUCUGAACCUAAUCCUUACUUUUAUCAGAAUCUUGGAGAGGCAGAAUAUGUAGUAGCACUUUUUAUGUACAUGUGCUUACUUGGUUACCCUGCGGACAAAAUUAGUAUUCUCACAACAUACAAUGGGCAAAAGCAUCUUAUUCGUGACAUCAUCAAUAGACGAUGUGGGAAUAAUCCAUUGAUUGGAAGACCAAACAAGGUGACAACUGUUGAUAGAUUUCAAGGUCAACAGAAUGACUAUAUUCUUCUUUCUCUAGUACGAACAAGGGCAGUGGGUCAUCUGAGGGAUGUUCGUCGCUUAGUGGUGGCCAUGUCCAGAGCUAGACUUGGACUCUAUAUCUUCGCUAGAGUGUCCCUCUUCCAAAAUUGCUUUGAACUGACUCCAGCUUUCAGCCAGCUAACAGCCCGCCCACUUCAUUUGCAUAUAAUUCCAGCAGAACCUUUUCCAACCACUAGAAAGAAUGGUGAAAGCCCACCUCAGGAAGUGCAGAUAGUGAAGAAUAUGCCCCAGAUGGCAAACUAUGUGUACAACAUGUAUCUGCAUUUAAUACGGACAACACAUCAUUAUCAUCAGGCUUUCUUACAACUACCACCUGCUAUGGUAGAAGAAGGGGAGGAAAUGCCAAGCCAAGAAACAGAACUAGAAACAGAAGAAGCUAUGGCUGCCCCAGAUGACAUCAUACCCAGUCCAACAGAUGCCAGCUGCAGUCAAGAGCCCCCAGCUACUCAGCCUGACACCACCACGGGUCAGGCUCAGGCCACCUUUGAUAAGACUGAGAUGACUCCUAGUCCAACAGAAGCCGUCCCUUCUGUGUGUCAGGUGUCUACAGCAAGACCUGCUUCUCCACAGGCACAGGCUGCCACCCCUCAAGAUACCACCCUAGAAGAGACCCAGUAGCCAAACUACAGCCUUUCUUGGGAAGGACAUUUCAUUCAUAAAGUUACUUUUAUAUUUUAUAUUUGCUCUUGCUGUUUAAAAGGCACUAACUGAUGUUCAGUCAUUACUUUCGUUCGCUAGUUUUCUUGUUAUGUAUAUUUCUUGUACAUAUCUUUAAAAAUUGUUUUAUGGGCAACUCUUGUUUCAUUUGUUGAAUCAGGCAAAUAACCAUUCCUUUGAUAUUUUGAUAAAAUGUAUCUAUAAUCUUAUGCACAUUAAAAUAAUUUUCAGGACUGAGGAUUUAGCUCAGCGGCAUAAACACCUGCCUUAAAAGUGCACGAUUGUGAGUUCAAUCCCUGAUACCGAUAUACACAAAUAAAUAAAAUUUUCUGUAAGAUGCUUAAGACAUAUUUCAUGUCUUUAGUAAACUUCUCUUAAAUACUGGAUUUAAGCAUCAAUGCCCUUGAGCCAAGGUGCAAAUUGUUUCUGACAUAAUGCUCAAAUUCUGUUGCUGUUUUUAUACUUUUUCUAUAAAAGUAUUAAAAGCCAUAAGAUAAAAUUUU